AUGAAACAUAUUUAUCAAGGUGAUGAUUUUUCUUUAUCAAUACACGUAGACCCAGGUUUUCGUGGUAUAUUACGAGGAUUUGCUGAUGACAUAUCUGAAGGCUGCCUUUUGAAAGGAGAAACCGUACUGGAGGUACAUCGACGUUCAAGAAUCCGAUGUUUAGAAACUGCUUUCGUAGGUGAAAUUCGUGUAGAUUUUAAAACCACUAAUUCGGUGGGAUUACCAACUUCAGAUGGUGUUGAGAAAAGACAUAUUUGUAAACGAACGUUGAAACAUUUUAACGAGCGCAUGAUUAUGGACGGAGAAAGUGAAGUGAUCAAGUCAACCUUUGUUGAUCCAGGCUCUUAUAAAUUUCCAUUCAAAUUUUCUAUCUCUGCCUCACUUCCUCACAGUUUUGAAGGCAAACAUGGAUCAAUAAGAUAUCGUUUAGAUGUCCUUUCGAUUAGGAAAUUGUUUAGUUCUGACAUACAUAUCUCAUACCCAAUCAUUCUCAGAAGAUGUCUCAUGGAUAGCAUGAAUCCGGUGGCUUCUCCAACUCAAACUGUUGAUGGAGAUAUGCACCAUGAUGUACUGACAUAUUCUGCUACAGCACCAACCAUGACCUAUCGUGAAGGUGGUCUGUUAACACUUGAUUUGUCUGUUCAUCUAAAAAAACCGGACAGGCACUCUGUUCGUAUGAUAACAUGUGGACUUGAAGAACAAGAGUAUUAUCGAACCACGGGUCAGCAAUCACUCACUCAGGAAGCAAUGGAUCAUACAAGAAAAUCGUAUCCUCUGGGCUGCAGCACCUUUUUCCCUUCAGAACAUGAACAAUAUAAUCCUGCGCAACUGCAUAACUAUAACGCCAUAUUUCGACUAUAUCCACGCGUUCACACUGACACAAAAUCUACUCUUAUUGCUGUUUUACAUCGUUUAAACAUUCGCAUUAUCAUUGAUGAC